CCGAAAUAUGCAUCGCCCAAACAAUCAUUCUAGUCUCAUCCAAUAUAAUUUCCAAACCACUAGCUGCUUCGUCCUAUGACGCACUCGAUGCUAUAGCCUGCCUUCCCAGCCCUGCCGCUUCUCCAGCUCGGUAGUGGUGGGGUACACUACUCGCAACUUUCUUCCGACCAGUCAAACCACCACGCCCGGCUGAAAACGCUUGACCUCAUCACCAGCCCGCUCGCUGCAGCGCCCGCCUCCUCCUUGCACCAACUUCCAUACCUCGAUCGGAAGUCGCUAUUCAACGUCGUAUUCCACAUCCACGACCACUACAAGCCCACCGCUACAGACCCGCGGAUCCCCGCACUACCGAAUACACCGUCUUCCGACCUUUGCCUCCCGCAUCGCAAGCAGCAGCCUCGCCUGCUUCAUCAACCGUUCGCAACAAAUAAUGGCAACAACACAGCAGGAGCAGGCUCCCGCAGCACAGCCCAGCAUCCAGCCGUGCCGGUACAAGGUUGGCAAGACGCUCGGCGCAGGCUCAUACUCGACAGUCAAGGAAUGCGUCCACAUCGACACGGGCCGCUACUAUGCCGCCAAGGUGAUUAACAAGCGCCUCAUGGCCGGCCGAGAACACAUGAUCCGCAACGAAAUCGCCGUCCUGAAGAAGGUGUCUAUGGGCCACCAGAACAUCCUCACUCUCGUCGACUACUUCGAGACCAUGAACAACCUGUACCUCGUCACCGAUCUCGCUCUUGGCGGCGAGCUUUUCGACCGUAUCUGCCGCAAGGGCUCCUACUACGAAAGCGACGCCGUCGACCUUAUCCGCGCGACCCUCUCCGCCGUAGCCUACCUACACGACCACGGCAUCGUCCACCGCGACCUCAAGCCCGAGAACCUGCUCUUCCGCACACCCGAAGACAACGCCGACCUGCUGAUUGCUGAUUUCGGCCUCUCGCGCAUCAUGGACGAGGAGCAGCUGCACGUACUCACCACCACGUGCGGCACGCCCGGCUACAUGGCGCCCGAGAUCUUCAAGAAGACGGGUCACGGUAAGCCCGUCGACAUCUGGGCCCUCGGCGUCAUCACGUACUUCUUGCUCUGCGGAUACACCCCGUUUGACCGCGACACCGACUUUGAAGAGAUGCAGGCCAUCCUCAAGGCCGACUACUCCUUCACCCCGAUCGAGUACUGGCGUGGCGUGUCCACACACGCAAAGGAGUUCAUCCAGCAGUGCUUGACGAUUGACCCGUCGCAGCGCAUCACCGCCCACCAGGCCCUGCAGCAUCCCUUUGUCGCCGGCUCUCAGCCCUCGGACGGCACCAACGAGAACCUGCUGCCUGCCAUCAAGAAGAACUUCAACGCCCGCCGCACGCUGCAUGCCGCCAUCGACACUGUGCGCGCCAUCAACAAGCUGCGCGAGGCUCAGGGCCUCAUGAUGAAUGGCGCCAAGUCCAAGGAACCCAACAAGGGCGUCGCCGGCGUCGUGGAUGCGUUCAAGAAGGGACUCUCCGGCGGCACUGAUGCAUCUGGUGAGCGAACCCUUGUCCCGCAAGAUACCAAAGACAGCGGGUACGCAACACAGCCCGAAGCCGAGGAUGUGAACAUGGGAAAUGCGCCAGCACCAGCACCUGCAGCUGCAGCACCUGCAGCAGAGACGGGUGUAGCUACGCAGCUGGGCGAUGCUGUGAAUGCGCUGUACCGAACGAGUAAGGGCCUUUGGACAGCGCCGAACAAGCAACAACAGUAAAAAAAAGAUUGGGUGAGAAAGGGAAGGGCCAUCAUUUAAACGAGCGGAUGGGAUUUGAAAACACUACGGAAGAAGUGGCAUAGUGGAAUGAGAUUCAGUGGGAAAGCGAGCAAUUGGAUGAGCAAGAUAUAUACGCAUCUGCCGCGGCAAUUUUGGCGCCGAGUCACUGUUAUUUUUCAUGUUGAUAUUCUUUCUAUUUUACGUUACGAGCGAAUCAUGUAAUAUCCUUUUUACAAAAAUGAGAACCAAGGCACUUUUGGACGUGUAUGCGUGUUUGUAAAAUAUGUUGCUUGGUGUGUGUGUAUUCAACAACUCAUGUAUGUCAUAAUCAUAACCUUAUAACCAAUGAAACCCAUCUAUAUACCAUACGUCGUAUGUCACCACCCCGACGUUGUCCAAAACACCGUUCUAUCGGAUGCUGGAAAAGAUUUCUAAUAACCCAAUUAUAAUAAACGCCCGCUGAUGUUGGUAUAAUGCCCAAAACUCCGUUAUCAAUAAAAUUCAUGUAGCGCCGCCAUUUGCGCGCUUACUGGAUCUCUGCUCGUCGAGGCGAGCUAGGUCCAUCCCAAAAUUUCCUGGCCUCCAUUUCGGACUCUGAUGAGCCGGGAAUGGUGACAUCCGUGACCGUGGGGCUCAGUGAGCCGCUCACAGACGAGUUGCUGCUGCCGCUGCUGCUGGCGCCUCCGAGAGUCCAUGCAUCGCUCGAGUCACGGCGGUGCUCCAUCAUGCUCAAGCCGACGUACUGACCAUACUCUUCGUCCGACAGGGUGUUGCGUUCGCCAAUUUCGACGUAAUCGUAGGCCCAGCGGUUGGCCUUGCCUUCUUGGCGGCGAGGCAACCAACGGGCGCGAGCAGUGUAGAAGAAAGAGGCCGCAAUGAGGCCACCUCCAACCAGAUCGAUGGCGUAGUGGUGGCUGAGAUACAUGGUGGCCCACCAAACCCAGGCGGCGUAAACGAUGAACGCAGUUCGAAGCUUGGGGAAGGCGUGGCUCAUGAAGAGAGCCUCGAGAACGGCGUUACCGGCAUGGAGCGAAGGGAACGCGCCAAAGGGAACAGGCGCGGUGCUGAAGUUGGUGGUGUACAGGUCGACACCAAAGAUCUUGUCGAUGCGGGCGAGGCCAGCAGGUGAGCCAGACAUGCCGUAGGCGGCAGGGACCAAGCCACGCUCAUUCUCAUACCAAGGAGGCGUGCAGGGGAAAAUGAGCUGGAUCGUAACGCCGAGGAUGCACAUCCAUCCAAAGGUGCGAGCAAACACAGGGACGGUGCCAGGUGCGCAGUAGAGGAAUAAAAUGGCGGAGCAGACGGCGGGGGCAGCAAAAUGCAUAAUGCCGUAGGGGAGCCAAGCGAGAAUAUCGAGGACGGCAUGCUGGUGAGCGGAGAGAAUGUUGGAGAGGUUGGCGCCGUAGAGGACGUUUUCGAGAGCGGGGAGAACUCGGACCCAGAUGUGAGGGCGAUACUGGUUGUCGAUGAAACUGGUGAAACCCGUUAGUUUGGGGGCGGCAGUCAAUUUUAUUUGCGCUACGUAGACUUACCGGCUAGAAAAGAAGUAGAGUAGCCAUACCCAAAUCGGGGACGAUGGCAGUGCAAAUUGCCUUGUUGCUGGGAUGAGGAGGAUCAGGGCGCUUGCGCACAGAGCCAACGUUUUAAGGAUCGGCGCCGAUGGGGUAAUGUAUAGCGAGAAUAGCGUGAGGAAGGCGAGGACGGCAUAUUGAAGAUCGGAAGGCUUCCACUUGUGAUUUCUGAGAUCCUGGAUGCCUUGCGCCGGGCUAAAAGACAUGUUGAGCUUGGUAAUGUCGUCGGGAGCCAGUCGUCUAGGCUUUGAGCUUGAGCGCGGGUGGCGACUCGCAGUGUGUUUUGUGUGAGAGCGGUUGAAGAAGGCGAGGUUGUGAGUGAGAAGGGCGGGCAGCUGGGGCUUGCCCGGUAUCGAGAUGCCCAGGUCCCUCAUUGUGACGACCUUGGGGACUCUGCUGUCUGGUGUUUGUUGAAGAUGGGAUGACCAAGAUUGAAUCCGAAGCUGCAACUUUGGGGGGGAACCCUGGAUGCUUUCAAUAGUCUGGGCCGUUCGUGGCGUCUAGUCGGCGGGCCCGGGAAAAGAGGAGCAAAGCAGGUACUGACAGGCUUUGGAUGAUGUCGAUGACGACAAAAGCUAUCGCAUGCUAAGUUUGCUCGUAAAAAAGUGUAAAAUAUUAGUUGCCUGGAGUGGAAUUCAGCCAAGAGUCCGGGGGGCAGGCAGUCUUGGAUGAAUAUAUUGGCGGAGACUGCGCGUGACGGCCAAGGGCGACGAUGUCCAAAAGUUGGGGGGACAGGUCACUGUAGGCCAGGCAAGGGUCCUGAUCGUCGUCAGCGGCUCAAGCUUGGGAGGAUGGGGCACUGCACACCGGCUAAAGAGGAAAGCUUUUUAGACGGCGGGCGAAGCUAAGCGACGAAGGCGGCGAUGACGAGGCGCGCCUGAAGGAAAAAAAAGUAAGAGAUGAAGAAAAAUAAAAGAAGAUGCCAGCGGCGAUGUUGCAGUAGUAGAAGCAAGGCCCUUAAGGGAGGGGGGAAAGGCCAGGCGGGAGAGCAGCAACCAGCCAAGCUUGAUUAAAUGACAACAGGAUGCUGCCAAGCCAGAAGGCGAGAGCGGAGGCUGCCACUUGGUGAAACUGCGGAGGCGGUGGUUGGCGGGACGGGGACGCGCUGUGGUGAUCGGUGCAGCUGUAGCAGUAGCAGUAGCAGUAGCAGUAGCAGUGCUGUUGCGGUGCAGUGCAAAUGCAGGAGGAUGGAUGGUGAGAAAUGCUGUUUGGGGGAAAGAACUGUGAGGAUGGGAAUUACAACUAGUUUUAAGAAACUGGG